AAUCUGUAAAUCAUAUCAGGAGGACUGAGCCCAAAAAUAUUUAAUAAAAAUAAGAAAUUUUGUUGUUACUUUAAAGAAAAAGAAUCGGGAUUAGGAAGAAGAGGAAGAGGGAAGAGGAAGAGGGAAGAGGAAACCCUUUUAAUUCCUCUCUAUUCCGGGAUCAUGAGUGUGACAGUAGAGGCGAGUCAAAGAAGACCAAGAAAGAAGACCAAAAUGGAAAGAGAAGAAGUAUGUGAAGUCGUUGAUGUUGAAGAUUAUGAAUUUUGCUCUCAAUCGAUUUUGGCUAAGGGUACCAACAAGUCCAACGCCAUUUCUGUGGAGCAGUACAAUGAGAAUCGCGACCUACAACUCGCUAUUAUGGCUUCUCGUCUCCAAUCUCCUCAUACCAAACCCAAUUUCAUUGAUCUUUCUCGAGAAAGGUUCCAGUUUUUGGACGAUCAAAACGACGAUGACGCUGACAUCCGAGUCCGCUGGUUCAACUCACCCAAGACUCGGAAGAAACCCUUUACGGGUCCUUCCGUCACCGAAAACGGGCAGUCUUCAAAUUCCAACAACGACCCAUCUUUCGUUUGCGAGAUAUGCGCGGAACCCAAGUCUGGAAGUGAGUCGUUUAGCAUCAAAGGUUGUAGCCAUUCUUACUGUUCCGGGUGCAUGGCCAGGUACGUUGCUUCAAAGCUUCAAGAUAACAUUACGAGAAUCGAUUGCCCUGUUUCUGGUUGUAACGGGUCAUUGGAGCCCGAGUACUGUCGUUCGAUACUUCCCCCGGAGGUGUUUGACAGGUGGGGCACGGCGUUGUGUGAGGCUCUGAUUCUUGGGACUGAAAAGUUUUACUGUCCGUACAAGGAUUGCUCAGUGAUGUUGAUCGAUGAUGGAAAAGAGGUGAUAACGAACUCGGAGUGCCCAAGUUGCUAUAGAAUGUUUUGCGCGCAGUGUAAGGUUCCUUGGCACGAAGGGAUUGAGUGUGCGGAGUUUCAGAAGUUGAAUAAGGACGAGAGAGAGAAGGAAGAUAUUAUGUUGAAGAACCUUGCUCAGAAUAAGCAGUGGAAAAGGUGUCCAACCUGCAAAUACUAUGUUGAAAGAUCAUCCGGUUGCUUGUUCAUACAAUGCAGGUGUGGCACUGCAUUCUGCUACAACUGCGGAAAUAUUUUCACAAAUAAGAGUACCCACUAUUGUAGUAAAUGUAAGCACUGAUGUUCUCUGUCGUUGCUAUUAACCACUAACAUACUAUUUAAGUUUUAUGAUUUAUGAAGAUCAAAAUGUAAGUAAUCAUUUGAGUAUGAUUAUGCGUUUCAUUUUCUAUAUCGUCUCUCGUAUGAAAUUGGUGAUUUCUCUUUGCUAACAUUUAGAUUAUAUUAAAUCAUUUCUAGAA